AAAUGUACAGAGAAACAGGUGGGGGCAACCAGUGAGAGAUAAGGGGCCAGGGUAUAAAAAGGGCCCACAAGAGACCAGCUCCAGGAUCCCAAGGCCCAACUCCCCGAACGUCUCAGGGUCCUGUGGACAGCUCUCCUAGCUGCAAUGGCUGCAGGCUCCCGGACAUCCCUGCUCCUGGCUUUUGCCCUGCUCUGCCUGCCCUGGCUUCAAGAGGGCAGUGCCUUCCCAACCAUUCCCUUAUCCAGGCUUUUUGACAACGCUAUGCUCCGCGCCCAUCGCCUGCACCAGCUGGCCUUUGACACCUACCAGGAGUUUGAAGAAGCCUAUAUCCCAAAGGAACAGAAGUAUUCAUUCCUGCAGAACCCCCAGACCUCCCUCUGCUUCUCAGAGUCUAUUCCGACACCCUCCAACAGGGAGGAAACGCAGCAGAAAUCCAACCUGGAGCUACUCCGCAUCUCCCUGCUGCUCAUCCAGUCAUGGCUGGAGCCCGUGCAGUUCCUCAGGAGUGUGUUUGCCAACAGCCUGGUGUAUGGCACCUCGGACAGCGACGUCUAUGACCUCCUAAAGGACCUAGAGGAAGGCAUCCAAACGCUGAUGGGGAGGCUGGAAGACGGCAGCCCCCGGACUGGGCAGAUCUUCAAGCAGACCUACAGCAAGUUUGACACAAACUCACACAACAAUGAUGCACUGCUCAAGAACUACGGGCUGCUCUAUUGCUUCAGGAAGGACAUGGACAAGGUCGAGACAUUCCUGCGCAUCGUGCAGUGCCGCUCUGUGGAGGGCAGCUGUGGCUUCUAGAUGCCUGGGUGGCAAUCUGUGACCCCUCCCCAUUGCCACUCCUGGCCAUGGAAGGUGCCACUCCAGUGCCCACCAGAUGUGUCCUAAUAAAAUUAAGUUGCAUAAUUU